UUAACACUCACAAUGAAGUUUGCAGCUGUAGUAACUAUUCUAGUGGUCAUCGCCUCCGCAUCACACCAACAGCCAACGAAACCUCCUACUAAUACUAAGCCAACGAAACCUCCUACUAAUACUGAGCCAACGAAACCUCCUACUAACACUAACACUGCUGUGGCUGCCUCCGCAUCUCACAAACAGCCAACGAAACCUCCUACUAAGACUCACACUGCUGAGACUUCUAGAGAAUUGCUUAAAACAGUGUUGAAGGAAAAUUCUAUGAAGUUGCUGGAAGAUUUCCACAAGGACUACAAGCAUAUUGGAGCUGAAGAAUUUGACCAAAUGGGUGAUGAAAUAGCAGAAACUCCUGAGUUCAAAGAAGCACUGAGCACUAUAGUCGUAAAAAAAGAUGAGGGUGAAAUAUCUCCAAGGUGUUUACCUGUUUUCUUUGUGACAAAAUAACCUUGCCACAUAUUCCAUCCAAUUAUAGAGAAACUGUAUGUGAGCUUAUGUCGCAAUUAAACAAUGAUGGCAUCUUCGACAGA